AUGGAAAAUGAGAACAAAACACUCCGUGACCAAAUGAAGGAGCAUCAGGAGAGGGUUGACAAAAUACGAGGCGCUUCGAAGCUACUACCAAAAUGCGAUGUGGGUCGAUCCGUCGAACAGCCAUACAGCGAAGGGGCUGCUCCUUAUCCUAUUCCAAAAACCUUCAAGAUGCUGCCAUACUUGAAAAUAUACGAUGGGACCACGGACCUGGAGGAUCACCUAAUCCAUUAUCUUACUGCGAUAAAGGGCAACGAUCUAUCAAGGGAACAGGUACCAUCUGUGCUGCUAAAAAGGUUCGGUGAGACCUUGACAAGGGGAGCAUUGACAUGGUAUUCCCAGCUACCAGCGCGAUCAAUAUCGACGUUCGAAGAGAUGGCAGAUAAAUUUGCCACCACUCAUGCAGGGGCGAAAAAGGCUAAAGCUAGGGUCAAUGAUAUCUUUGCUGUCAGGCAAACGACGGGCGAGGGACUUCGGGAUUUCCUGGCCCAAUUCAAUAGAGUAAGGAUGAGCCUACCGAACGUGUCAGAAGGGAUGGCAGUAGUAGCCUUUCAAAAUAGGUUAAACGGGAACGGAUCAAAGGCAACCAAAAAACUGCUUAGUAGACUCAUGAAGUACCCCCACCACAUGGCAAAAGAUCCACAACGCCUGCGCCGAGUGUACGUACUUGAGAAGCUGGGCACGAAAGUGCAGUGGCCGCAAAAAAUGAAAUCGGACCCAAGCACCAGGAGGUCAAACGUGAAUUCCACGUACCGUAAAAAUUGUGUCCUCUGUGAAUUCCACCAAGAAAGAGGACACAAGACCGAAGAUUGCAUAGGUCUGUGGCAAGAAGUAGUUAGGAUGUUGAACCAAGGAUACCUAAAAGAACUGCUCAGCGAUAAAAGGCGGGCCAACUUCGCUCGAGGGCACGACCCAUCUCAAGGACCUCCAAAGCCACCAUCACCAGCACGUACCGUACAAAUGAUCAUUGGCGGCGGCGAAGACACGGUAAUCAACCAUGUGAAGUUCACCACCAUGCACAAACUCAAACGGACAGUCGCCCACGAAUGGUAUGAUGACCUCGAAGACAGUAUCAUCUUUGAUAAGUCAGAUACCGACGGUUUGUUUCCCUCACUAUGA